AUGAAUGAUUCAGUGGAAGACAUAAAGAACAGCGGUUGGAGGGUCUUCUUCAGGCGCUUGGGCCAUGAUAGAAAGCAGUCAUCCGCGUCCAAAACGGAUGGCUUAAAGAUCACGGAGGUGGCUCUGGACGAUCUCAAGGCAGAUCUUCCGCAUUUAAGCAGCGACACAAAAGAGCGCGUGUUUCCUGUGCGAUCCCUGAUCUCUGUCAAUUCAGCCUCUUCAUCCGCUUUACCAACGCCCUCCCUCGACCAGCUCGAGAAGAAUGUGUCGCCUUUCUCUGAUGUUUUCAAGAGGAGCACAUUGGUGAACGAUGGCUCCCGGAAGCCUGACGAUGAAUAUGGGAGAACAGACAGCCGAGCAACAAGGCCAGCCCAUUUGGAGCAAAUGCACGAGCAAAAGCAAAGGCUUGCUGGUAUAUCUCCAUCGUCUAAAGUGCCCACCAUCCAUCAUCCUGCUUCACCGGGGUGUCGACUUCAGCCAUCCUCGAAUUCGAUACAAGGAUCUGCUGGAAGUACAUCUCAAAAGGGUGGCCCAUACGAGCGUCUGUGCAAAUCGAUCAAGGAUGGGGCUCACAUAUUGAGACCCACGAGCCUGUCCAAAGGUCUCCAGUUUUCAACUCAGGAUGAAGAUGCUAUCGUCAUUCAAUCAUUUGGUGCAUUGAUUGUUGUCUCGCAAACUAAUGGUGAUUUUGUUGUUGAGGCAGCCAGCAGCAAUACUGGAGAAGUUCUGAGUGCCCAGCCUGAUGAUUUGUUCAAAAUGAAAUCGUUCAGCGACAUUUUGACUCCAUCCUACGGAGAAACAUUUCGCCAAUACGCCGAAUAUGUUCUGAGCGAUGAGUAUACGAUCGAGCAGGAUGGUCCACAGGUAUUCUAUCUAUUGACUUUGAACGCAUCUCAUAAGAGGCUGUGGUGUACAAUGCACACCAGUAAAGCGUACAAGAACUACAUCAUCUGCGAAUUGGAACUGGACCAACAAUUGCACAAAAAGGAUUUCAAAAGCUUGUCUCGUCAAAGGCCGACUUCACUGAACCAGAACUGUCGUGACGCGGCUUCGCAUCAAACUUUGUCGUACAAAGUCUCUGAUGAUUCCUCUCAAAAAGCGGAUAGCGCGAGGUGGGAGCUACUCAAUGAGAUGCCUCAUGUUGCGAAGCGUAUCACAAGCGCGCAAUCAAUGAAUGACCUUGUCGAGAGGACAGUGGAAAUUCUCAAGGAUCUCUUGCAGUUUCACCGCAUCACUAUGUACUGCUUUGAUCCAGAGCGUGGUGGCGUGGUCUUGGUAGACGCGGUUGAGGAAGCGAAGAAUCUUGAGAGUUACCAAGGCAUGCAUUUUCCGGAAUCAAGUUUCUCUGAUCAUCUUAAGUGCCAAUAUUUGAGAGACAGAGUUGCAUUAUCCUAUCGGAAGGGGAAAGACAUCGCGGAACUUGUUUACCGAGUCUCCAUCAACAAGAUGGCGAUGGACCUAUCCCAUUGCUACUUGACUGCAAGUCCCGACGAGCCUGAUGAUGAUUUCGAGAAGGAUUCACCUUUCGCCUGUCUUUCCAUUGGACUCGAAGUAUUUGGCAGGUGCUGGGGUCUAAUUUCGUGCCAGUCUUUCGACGAACAUUUCCGGCUGCACCCCCUACUCCAGCGACUUAGCUGGUUGGUUGGCGAUAUGGUCUCCAGCAGUAUUGAACGUCUGUCUUAUACGUUCCCAUUCCAAAUCCGUGGAGACUCAGUAGCAGACAACACCUUGAAUGACACCUUGGAGCAACAUACCAUUAACUCAGGUGGAGAUCUAUUGGGCUUGUUUGGCGCCAAUCACGCUGCGGCGUUUCUCCUCGAAAAGACCAAGCUUUUGGGGAAACCAAGUGACUCUCAAGAGAUGAUGGCAAUUCUUGAAUACUUUCGAAGACAGAAGCUUGACUGCAUCGUGACUUCGGCCAAGUUCACAGACGAUUUUCCAGAACUCAAUUACCCCUCCGGUUUCCAUGACUUGACGAGCCUUCUCUACAUCCCUCUGUCCAGGGACGGCACCGAUUUCAUUGUGUUUCUGAAAGCUCGGCCCAAAGGUGAUGUUUCAGACAAAGCAGAGACUGAAUCGCUCGAGUGGUCGCCGGCGGAUUAUGGGAAGGCGUCAAUGUUGGCACUCUUAUAUCGAGCGUUCAAAGGAACAUGGCACGAGAAUGACACGGCCACGCAGAACAAUCAGUUGAUGAAACUUUUACUGGCUAAUACUGCGCAUGAAUUCCGCACGCCUCUGAAUGCUGUCAUAAAUUAUCUGGAAAUCGCCCUAAGCAGUCCCCUCGAUCAAGAGACGAGGGAAAGCUUGUCGCGCUCUCAUUCCGCAUCAAAGUCAUUGAUCUUUAUCAUAAAUGAUCUUCUCGAUCUUACAAAUGCAGAGAAUGGGAACGAACUCAUCAAAGACGAAGUGUUCAGCUUCUCCGAAACCAUCUUUGAAGCGACCAAUAUUUUCUGGGAAGAGGCGAAGCAGAAGAAUGUAACACUUCAGUUGAUAGAGCACUCGGAUCUCCCACCUGUUCUUGGCGAUCAACGGCGCGUGCGACAAGUUGUCACAAACUUGAUCAGCAACGCAGUACGACACACUUCCUCAGGGGCGGUUACAGUAGAAUCGUGCAUUGCACCUGUGCUCUGCGAGGUCGGACAAAUCCCACUCGAGGUUGCCGUACACGAUACUGGCGAGGGAAUGUCUCAAGAAACGGUGGAAAGUUUGUUCUGCGAGUUGGAGCAAGUCGUUGCGAAAGCACCUACUGCGGGAUCAAGUACUUACUCAAACGGUCUUUGCAGCUUAAGCAACACCGAUACAGACAGUGUUCUCGGCUUGGGUCUUGCUCUUGUUGCGCGUUUAGUCAGCAACAUGAACGGACAACUCAGUCUCAAGUCUGAGGAAGGGACUGGGAGUUGCUUUAGGCUGCGAUUGAGGUUCCCUUUGUCACCUGAAGCGGAAAGCUCGAGCUUCAAAUCAAAGCCUUGUAGCUGCGGGGGUAUAAUACCAUACCAGCAAAGCGGCAACGAAGUCCUAUCCCAGGGAAGUACUCCUCGGAACCAAGAAGACAGUACACUAUGCCGCUGUGGAGAUAAUGACACCUUCGGGUCUGAAGUCGGGAAAACUGAGGACAGUUCUCUUGAUAUCGAGAUUAGUCUUACGAAUGGUGAUUCACGGAGCAUUAGCUUGCCAGCACCACUUCUCAAAUCAGAAAAGAACUUGAAACCGGUGGAGGUUCUAUAUACCGCCUCGCCGCAAGAGAAAAAAGAAAAGUCGCGCGCUCCCAUAAAGCAGCCAAAAGCUCCAACAUCAGGCUCCGGGACUUCUUUCAUAGACCGGGACAUCGCCUCUAAGUUACGAGUCCUCGUUGCGGAAGACGAUCCAGUCAACAGCCACAUUAUGAAACGACGUCUCGAAAAACUUGGCUACGACGUCCAUUUGACAGCGAACGGCAAGGAGUGUGCUGCCAUAUACGGUCAGAAUCCUGGCUCAUAUGAUGCCAUCUUGAUGGAUCUUCAGAUGCCUGUGGUCGACGGCCUAUCGGCUGCUAAGUUGAUACGGGACCAAGAAGGUCAAGCUACUUUGGCUUGCGACAGAGUGCCCAUCUUUGCGAUAUCUGCUUCUCUCGUUGAAAAAGAUCGGCCAAUCUAUAUGGAAGCUGGGUUCAAUGGAUUGAUCAUGAAGCCGAUCGAUUUUGGAAAAGUCAAUACACUUUUGGAGGGUGUCCAGUCGAAAGAACAACGGGAGCAGUGUCAGUACCAACCAGGUUUCUGGGAAUGA